UUUCGGAGUGAGACAUCAGAACCGCGAUACAACGUAAAUCUCACCUCAUGUCGACAUCACGACCGUUGUCAACCUUCCACCCCACCGAUCUUGUGCCUCCUGACAUCCAGUUCGAUGUUACUAGAAGAUUUCUUGCCGAUCAGAAUGAUCGCAAGAUCAACUUGGGCCAGGGGACCUACCGAGAUGAAAAUGGAUUGCCCUGGGUGCUUCCAUCCGUCCAAAUGGCAAAGAGUUCGUUGGGAGACAUCAAUCACGAAUACCUACCAAUUGCUGGAUUCCAGCCAUUCUUGAAUGAAGCGACUAAACUGCUUUUCGAUGGCACCGAGGCUCUUGCUGAGCAAAGGGUCGCCUCAUGCCAAUCCCUUUCUGGCACAGGAGCUGUCAUGCUGAUUGGCCUCACUUUGAGAAAACUUGUGAACCACCGUUUGAUGUUCGCGACGAUCGGUUUUCAGGUUAAGGAGAUUCCUUGCUAUAGGGAUGGCGGCUUUGACUUUGAUGCGUAUAUCAGCACUCUGAAAACGGCUAUCCCAGGUUCACCAAUCGUCCUCCACACUUGUGCCCACAAUCCUACCGGUUGUGACCCCACGAGAGGCCAAUGGAAGACUAUUGGAUCCAUCAUAAAAGAAAGGCAAUUGUUUCCUAUCUUCGACUCUGCAUACCUCGGGUUUAAUUCAGGGUCUUUCAGUGGCGAUGCGUGGCCAAUACGUUACUUUUUGAACAACGUGAAUAUUGAGCUCGCAGUUUGCCUGUCAAUGGCGAAGAAUAUGGGUCUAUACGGAGAGAGAAUUGGCCUUGUUGCUUGCGCAGUCUCCUCGUCGUCGGCGGCCAAAGUCGCGCAGUCAAUGUUACAAAAUGUGCAGCGAGCCACAAUUACUGCUCCUCCAGCAUACGGCGCCCGCAUGGCGGCGGCUGUCCUUAGUACACCUUCGAUUAGAGAGCAGUGGUCAAAAGAUCUGGUCGUGAUGUCUAGUCGCAUUCGCAAAAUGCGUACGCGAGUGUACGAAGAGCUGCAGCGUCUUCAAACACCGGGUGACUGGUCUCAUGUUGUUCGGCAAACGGGAAUGUUUGCCUAUCUAGGCAUUAGCAAGGCCCAAGUCAAAUAUCUCGAAGAGAACUUCCACGUAUACAUGGUCGAGACUUCACGGGUAUCUAUUGCCGGAUUGAACGACCAUUACGUAGCACAGUUUGCCUGGGCACUGGAUCAAACCGUGAGGAAUAUCCAGUAACCCGGAAUUAUCUAUUACAUAGAGAUUAUGAAUAAGUUGAAACCUUGUAACGAUGAAUUAUUUUACUUGUUGCUACCUGCGUACUAG